AUGGGUGUUCCCUUUGAGGCUCUUCUUCCCUUUGGUAUCAUCAUCGGAUCGUUCACUGUCGGCGGUGCCGGCUUGUGGGCGGUUCGGAAAUGGGACAACGAGGGCAAGAUGCCGCGGUGGAACAAGGACAAGUGGGAUAGACAAAGUAUGUGA